UAGAACUCAAGAGCUCUCAAAGUGGGCGAUCUUAGCCAACAAAAGGCGGAGGAUCGAUGCUAUCACGGUUUUAUGGGAAGCAUGUGCUUGCGCUUCUUCAACAAACUAGCAACCAAGUCUUUCUUCAACGAGCAGCUUCCUCCGCGGUGGACUACGAUUUGAUUGUCAUCGGAGGUGGAUCCGGUGGCUUAUCUUGCUCCAAAGCCGCUGCCGACUAUGGUGUUCGUGUUGCUCUGGUAGAUGGUGUAACUCCCAGCCCACAUGGCACCACUUGGGGUAUUGGAGGAACCUGUGCCAACGUAGGGUGCAUUCCCAAGAGACUGAUGCAUCAUGCGGGCAUAGUAGGAAGAGAGAUACGUCAUGCACCGAAGUACGGAUGGGCGGAAGCGAAUGGAGAACAACACUCUUGGGAGACGUUGAUCAAGGCUGUCGAUGAUCGAAUCAAAGCUAACAGCUGGAUCUACCGAGUGCAACUGAGUGAAAAGGGUAUAAAACUCUACACAGCUCUUGCGUCUUUUAUCGACAAGCAUACCGUAAAAGCAGUGUCUACAGACGGUAAAAAAUCGGAGACAAUCUUGCGCGCACCUCAUGUUGUCAUCGCUACUGGUCUUCGCCCACGUUAUCCGGAUAUCCCAGGAACAGAGCUCGGUAUCACUACGGAUGACCUAUUCUGGUUGCCAAAGUCGCCCGGAAAGUCCUUGGUAGUCGGUGCAGGUUAUGUGGGAUUAGAAAUCGCCGGGCUGCUAGUCGACCUUGGUAUUCCUGUAGAUUUGGCGAUCAGGUCAAGACCUUUAAAGAAACAUGAUGAGGACUGCGUAAAGUUGGUUAUGGACGGCCUAAAACAGCAUGGUGUCAACGUGAUAUAUAACAAAGAAAUCAAAAAGGUGGAAAAGAAUGGCGAUAAGAAAAAGGUCACUUUCAAGGACAUCUUGAUCAGCGAAGAACUUUCGGAUGACGAAUAUGAUACCGUAAUCUGGGCUGUAGGACGAGAUCCACAACAUGGCGAUCUGAAUUUAGCGGCAGCUGGUGUGAAGAUCGACUCUCGCACUUCCCGGAUUAUCGUCGACAGUAAAGACCAAACCUCUACUGAUAAUAUAUAUGCUAUUGGAGAUGUCGCCCUGGGUCGCCCUGAGCUCACGCCUACGGCGAUUCGGAGUGGUCAGCUGUUGGCGCAGCGAUUAUUUGAUGGUGGUCGAAAACUCAUGGAUAAUCUUCAUCCUCCCACUACUGUGUUUACUCCUUUGGAACUUGGUACAGUUGGACUCACUGAAAAGUUUGCUGAAGAGCUGUUUGGAGCGGAAAAUAUUGAGGUGUAUCAUUCCCAUUUCACUCCAUAUGAGCACGUCAUUCCACAAGAUGAAGAUUCUACGCAUUGUUACGCUAAGGUAGUGUGCCUGAGAGAAGAACCAAGGACCGUACUUGGCAUGCACAUUGUCGGUCCCAAUGCAGCAGAAAUAAUCCAAGGCUAUGCCGUUGCUGUAAAAGCUGGAAUAACCUUUGAUCAGUUGAUUGAUACAAUUGCUAUUCACCCGUGUAGCUCCGAAGAGUUUGUGAAGAUGCAGAUCACAAAGCGAUCUGGAAAAGACCCUAGGGUGCAGGGUUGUUGCGGCUAGAAAUUGAGAUCUUUUGAUAAGCUUUCGUUGCAUAAUAGCAUUUUUGACCGUUUAG